UUGUGGAAUUAAUCACGAUUAGAAUUUAUCCGGCUUUUGUGCAGCCAGCACUAAUAGUUUUGAUUAUUUUAUAAACUUGAGACACAUGUAACAACACCCAGCUGUAAAAAUAGCAUAAGCUUGAAAGUUCCAUAAAAAUUGGCUUGUGAAUUGGUGUCAACAGUUUUUAAAACAAAUUUAUGUUUUUGUUUCAAUAUUUGCUUCGUUAAAUGCCUUGCUCAAACUCAAAGUUAUAAUUUAUGCAAAUGAUUAAAUUAAAGGACUAUGUAAUCAAGAGGUUUUAACCAAAACAUUGAAGAAUCGCCGGCUAUUUGGAAUGAGGGGAGUAAUUAGACAAGCAUUCUGCGGGUCUGUAGGUGGCCUAUCUCUGUUUAUCACGGGCUGUUGGCUAGGAUGGCCCUCGGCGUUUCUGCGCAAAUUGCAGCGAGGCGAGUGCGGAUUCAGCCUGACCCUGUGGCAGAUCGGCUGGAGUGUGGCUCUGAUGGACCUCGCCAACACUGUCAGCCCAAUACCAACCGGCUACCUCAUGGACUACUAUGGACGCAAACCGGCCUUCAUGGCCACAGCUAUAGUUUUCCAGCUCUCAUGGUUGAUGGUGAUUUUUGCAGAAGGCCCAGUACUUCUGUACUUCUCCCGAAUUUUUGCUGGCAUCGGUAAAGGGAUGGGAUUCACUAUACUGCCUAUGUACAUAGCCGAAGUAGCUGAGAAGCAAAUCCGCGGGGCGCUGAGCACAUUAUUCACCCUACUGCUGUUCGGAGGCACUCUGUUCGAAUUCAUACUGGGUCCGUCUGUUUCCUACAUGACACUCAACAUCGCUUCCACAGUUUUCCCGCUCGUUUUCUUCAUUCUGUGCUUCUUCUUGCCCGAGUCGCCCUACUACCUGCUCUCGGUCGGCAAGAAGGAGCAGGCCUGGAAGAGUUUCUGCUUCAUUCGAAAACGGAAUAAGGACGAACCGGUGGCAGGGAGCGAUCCCGUUAAAGAGGAAAUGGAUGCGGCCGAGGCGCUUGUCAAAAAGGAAAUGGAAAGCAAAACCGACUGGAUGGAACUGCUCCGUACCAAGGGUAAUCGUCGCUCGUCUCUAGCAGUUUUCACGCUAGCCGCUCUCCAGCGUCUGGGAGGAAUCAGCUCGCUCCUCGCCUACAGUUCAACAACCCUCCCUGAAGAGGGAGGUGGCUUCAUAGGGGGACCUGAGCAGUGCGUCAUCUACUUUGGCAUUUUUCUGACAGUCGGCAACUUCCUCAGUAUGUCUCUGCUGGACAUCUUGGGCCGCAAACCGUUGCUUCUGGUGUCCAACGUCAUAAUGGCUUUUGUCCUGUAUGCGAGCGGCAUCUACUACAUACUGGAAGCCACCGAAGAUUUCGACGAGAGACCUUUGAAAUGGAUUCCCUAUGUAUCGAUUCUCGUGUUUGCCAUCUGCUACAGCUUGGGAAUAGGUGUGGUUCCCAACACACUUCUUGGCGAAUAUUUUCCCGCCAACGUGAAAGGCAAAGCAGCCGCAGCAGCCACCAUUUUCUUCGCCUUGGCCUCAUUUUCCAGCAACAAAGUCUAUCCACUGAUUUCGGGAAAAUUCGGCUACCAGGCCAUGUUCCUCUUCUUCGGCACCAUCAACGCUAUCACCGUCCUCGUAUCGAUACUAAUCGUCUACGAAACUAAAAACAAGACGUUCGCCGAAAUCCAGGAAAUGCUCAACUCUUAGUAUUAAUAUUUCCUUGUACUUUUUUGUUCAACUUAUACUCAUAAGCUGUUCAAUUGCUUCAAAAAGUACGGUACUCUACUUGGAAAAUUAAUGUCUAAUCUCAAUAUGGACAGAAAAACAGAAUAUUUUUCUGAGUACUGAGCCACAAUGAGGAGAUAAUAUGGACCUUUUUGCGGAGGAUAUCUAUUUGUAACUCAGUAUAUAAAAUUCAAGACUGUUGAGCGUAAGGAAUAGAAAUUAACAGUUAAAUACAGAUUUGAAAAUUGAAAAAUUCAAUUACUACGAAUAUCAUACUAAGGAUCCCCAUCCACCUAGUAAUAUUGCAAUCAAUGACAACUCGACGUUGAAAAUAAAAUUUUAAAUGAAGUCUAACAAAAAUGCAAAGCAAUCUUCUCCCAACACAACAUUCUGAGCUGCAAUAAGAAUCUCUAUUCCAAGUCUCAGAAUUGAAAAUAAGUUUGUAGAGAUUCAAUAAAACUCUUCACCUACA